ACGCUGGAACACCUCGUUGAUGAUAUAUAAUAUUUAUAAUUGAUGGGGGUUACUUAAGUUCUCUUAACUUGUUUUGUAAAAUUGAAUUUGGGGAGAAGAAAGGGUGAAAGAUUCGACUGAGAGAAAAUGUCUCGGUCGAAUAUUGGUUCAGAGAAGAAACUGGGUGCAGGACGUGUUGUGGCUGUGGCUAUUGAGAAUAAUAAAACAAGCCAACACGCUGCCAAAUGGGCCGUUGAAAAUCUUCUUCCCAAAGAUCAAUGCCUUUAUCUUAUUCAUGUUAAACUAAGAACAUCUAAUGCUUCCGUACCAUCGGGUAACUAUGGGGAUGGCAACGAAACCGUCAUUGAUGGCGAAUCCAAAGAUCUUUUUGAUUCAUUUCGUGUUUUCUGCAAUAGAAAAAAUAUACAAUGCAAAGAAGUGUUGUUGGAAGAGAUGGAUAUAUCAAAGGCAUUAACAGAAUGCAUUUCAUCUCAUGCUAUCGAGCUUCUUGUACUUGGGGCAUCAACAAGGGGUGGCAUUGUUAGAAGAUUUAGGACAACAGAUGUUCCAACUUCUGUCUCAAAAUCUGCACCACCAUUCUGCACAGUAUAUAUAAUUUCUAAAGGAAAAAUCUCAAGUGUAAGAUCUGCAACUGCUCCAGUUCCAAAAUCAGCAGCACCAUCGCCAUCGCCAUCACCGCCUCAUGCUGGUUCUUACCAAUUACCACAACAACAACAUUCAAAUCCAUUAAUGCCAACUCGUAGUCCUGAUAGAUUCUCUGACCCGCAAAUCACACGUAACUACCCGCCACGACCUACAUCAGAGAGGCAUGCAGCAUAUGGUGGUUUCCGGCAGCAGGGGUUGGAUGAUGAACAAGAAAUGAUAUCACCGUUCAAUAGGAGAGGACACAAAGCAUAUGAGUCAUCAAUCCCUGAUUCAGAUAUAUCAUUUGUCAGCAGUGGAAGGCCAAGUAUUGAUCGAAUAUUCCCUUCAUUGUAUAAUGUUGAUGAUCUUGACAAUAGUAGUAGUGGAAUUCCCAGUAGGCUAUCAUUUGGCUCUGAUUUUGAUGCAAAAAGCAGCUUUGCUUCAUCCUUUUCUGGUGGAGGUGGACAAAAAUCAAUUGACUUGUCCUCUCCUUUGGAUAAUUAUUCAUUCAGCUCCCAAGGCAGUGCUAACGCCUCUUCUUCAUUACGGUUAUCUGACGCCUCGGAUGAAGUGGAAGCAGAGAUGAGGAGGCUGAAGCUUGAACUGAAACAGACAAUGGAAAUGUACAGUUCAGCUUGCAAGGAAGCUCUCACAGCAAAACAGAAGGCAAUUGAACUUCAACGUUGGAAAUCAGAAGAAGAAAAGAAGUUAGAAGAAGCAAGAGAAGGUGAAGGAGCAGCAAUGGCUAUGGUAGAGAUGGAACAAGAAAAGUGUAAAGCUGCACUCAAGGCAGCUGAAGCAUCUCAGAGAAUUGCAGUGCUGGAAGCGCAAAAAAGAAUGAAUGUCGAAAGAAAAAGCGAAAUAGAAGCAAAUCAGAGGAAGAAAUCAGAAGAUUCUUUUCAUUCACACGGCACCACUGCAAGGUACAGAAGAUACAGCAUUGAGGAAAUUGAAGACGCGACAAAACGGUUUUCAGACACACUCAAGAUUGGUGAAGGAGGGUAUGGUCCUGUUUUCAAGUGUGAACUUGAUCAUACACAGGUUGCUAUUAAAGUGUUGAAAUCAGAUGCUGCUCAAGGAAGGGCACAAUUUAACCAGGAAGUUGAAGUGUUGAGUUGUAUUAGGCAUCCAAACAUGGUGCUUCUUUUAGGAGCAUGUCCAGAAUUUGGUUGCAUAGUGUAUGAAUACAUGGCUAAUGGAAGUUUGGAUGAUUGUCUUUUCAGGAGAGGUAAGUCACCACCUCUUCCUUGGCAGUUGAGAUUUCAAAUUGCUGCUGAGAUAGCCACCGGACUCCUUUUCCUUCACCAGGCUAAGCCAGAACCAAUCGUACAUCGUGACUUAAAGCCUGGAAACAUUUUGCUCGACCGAAACUAUGUGAGCAAGAUAGGUGAUGUUGGUUUGGCAAGGCUUGUUCCUCCUUCUGUUCAAGACACUGUUACUCAGUACCGCAUGACAUCAACUGCAGGAACUUUCUGUUACAUUGAUCCUGAGUACCAGCAAACUGGUAUGCUUGGCAUCAAAUCUGAUAUUUACUCACUUGGAAUCAUGCUUUUACAAUUGGUAACAGCCAAGCCACCAAUGGGUUUGACUCAUCAUGUUGGAAGAUCUAUUGAGAAGGGAACUUUUGCUGAGAUGCUUGAUCCUGCUGUACAAGAUUGGCCUAUUGAACACGCCUUGCAUUUCGCUAAACUUUCUCUUCAGUGUGCUGAAAUGAGGAGAAAAGAUAGACCCGAUCUUGGUAAAGUUGUGUUGCCUGAGCUCAACAAACUCAGAAUAUUUGCUGAUGAAAAUAUGCCUAUGAUGAUGUAUAGAGGUGGUGGUGCAGCAUUUAAUCCCAGAGGUAGCGGUAACUAUUUCAUCAAUUCCACAGCUUCCUCAAAUCAAGACAAUAUGAGUGAAUCCAAUUCUUUGUCUGGCACCUCUGGGGGAUAUGAAAGCCGAUCAAGCACGUCAUCGCUGGGGAGACUAUAACGGGCAGAGUGCUUAUAUAGUUCAAUUUAAUGUUUUCCUUUUGUUGGUUUGACAACAUCAAAUGAGGCAGCCACAUACAAGUCAAGUUUAAGGUUACCUAUCAUGUAUGCAUAUUCAUGCAUCUUUGAAGAAUUCAAGUAUCCAGCCAAGAUUUGUAACCCUUGAAUUGAAUGUAUAUCAAAAUUUUCAAUAUGAAUACUAGUGUUAUGAAUUUUGUUUGUAAAUGAAUCCAAAUUCCAACUCCACAACUUGAAGUGCAGAAGAUCUCUCUUGGGCUUCGCUUGA